GCGCGGGCACCAUGGGCUGCUGCUCGGGCCGCUGCGCGCUCCUCCUUCUCUGCUCCUUCCAGCUGGUCACUGCCCUGGAGCGGCAGGUGUUCGACUUCCUGGGCUACCAGUGGGCACCCAUCCUGGCCACCUUUGUCCACAUCGUCAUGGUCAUCCUGGGGCUCUUGGGCACCAUCCAGUACCGGCCUCGCUACAUUGUGGUGUACGCUGUGUGGGAGGCCGUCUGGGUCACCUGGAAUGUCUUCAUUAUCUGCUUCUACCUGGAAGUGGGUGGACUCUCAAAGGACAGCGAGCUCCUGACCUUCAACCUCUCCCGCCACCGCUCCUGGUGGCGUGAGCACCGCCCGGGCUGCCUGCACAACGAGCCAGAGGCUGGCCUUGGGCCCCUGGGUGGCCAGGCCUUGGUGGCAGGUGUCGGCUGCGCCCUGGAGUAUGGCUACAUCGAGGCCCUGCACAGCGCCCUGCAGAUCCUCCUGGCGCUCGUGGGCUUCGUCUGUGCCUGCUAUGUGGUCAGCGUUUUCACCGAGGAGGAGGACAGCUUUGAUUUCAUUGGUGGAUUUGACCCAUUUCCUCGCUACCACGUCAGUGAAAAGCCUUCCAACCUCUUGCUCAAGCAGGUGUACGUGCCUGCGUAAGGGAAGAAGCGCCAGUCCCGCCUGCUGGCCCCAGAUGACCAGGACCAGCGAGCCUCCCUGCCCUCGGGGCGUCCCAGGCUGGAGAUGCUGCAACUUUUCACACACACACACACACACACACAAAAGAGGAAGGGAAAGAACAGACUGAUCUCUGUCACCCAACGCCGGCCUGGGACUGCUGCACACCCGCUGCUGGGGGAGGGACGUCGAGACGGGAAAGUGUGAGCUCACCACGAGGGGAGUGUAAACCCACGGUGACGCCCCCGCCCGCUGAGCAGCACCUGCCUGCCGCAGGGAGGGGUCUCCGGGCAAGUCCCCGCCCACCCAGCGCCCUGCUGACAGAGUCCCUGGCAGGUCCUGGUCCUGAGCCAGGGGCGCUGUUGUUCACCGAAGGGAUUUAAGCCCCGCGACCCCCUCCCACCAGUGGAAAGUAGAAGGACGCUGCCCCCUAGGCCUCAUUCCUGAGAGGCGGGGGUUUGCUG